AUGGGAGUUUUAUGGAAAACUAUUUUGGAACUUUAUGAGACUGCACGCCAUACUAAUCCAACUGAGUUGAAAGAAAGAACUAUAAAAUCAUUGCAAAAUCGUUGGGAUCACAUUAAUCGCACUGUUUCAAGAUGGGUCGGUGUGUAUGGCAAGUGUCUAAGAGACAAAAAAAAUGGACAAACAGAUGAAGAUGUGGAAGACAACACUCAUGAGAGUUAUUCGAAAUUGUAUCAUGGUAAUAGAUUUAAUUUAAUGCAUGCAUGGAAAAUCAUGAAGACCAGAAUAAAAUGGCAACCCACUGGUGGCAUUCAAUGUUCCUCAGAGAACGCGGGAAGCUCUAAGAGGUCGGAACCAGAUACACAGACUGAAGAAAUUGGAAAUGGUAGGCCGGAUGGCCAGAAAAAAGCAAAGAGGAAAGCAAAAGAAGCUGCUACUGCCAGUACCAUAAACCUUGACUCUUUUCAAGCAUCUCUAGAAGACAUUAAUGAUAGAAGGAACAAUAUAGGAGAACAGAUGCUAGAACUCAUGAAGGAACGAAGUGAAGAGAAGAAAAGGCAAAAACAGCAAGAGGCAAAGAUGCGUAUGUUAAGUAUGUUGAUGGCAAAACCCGUUCUCGACGAAGAUGACAAGGAAUCGUACUUGAAACUUAAGGAGGAGUUUAAGAAUAUGUAUUAUUAG